AUGUGUCCAGCCUCCCUCACACUGAGAGCAGGUUGUGUUGUGAUUGCGGGGCCCAUUGUGCGCUCUCUGCUUGAGCUCUUGGUUGCUUCUUUUUUCUUCUGUACUGUAGGCCUUCUCUCCAUCCUCUUCCUCCCGUGUGGUUAUAACACGUGUAAUAACACUCUGCUCUUCCUCUUUGUCUCCCUCGCUCCAGCGCCUCCCCAGUUUGUGAUCCGGCCGCGGGACCAGAUUGUGGCGCAGGGGCGCACGGCCACCUUCCCCUGCGAGACCAAAGGGAACCCCCAGCCGGCGGUCUUCUGGCAGAAGGACGGCAGCCAGAACCUGCUGUUUCCUAACCAGCCUCAGCAGCCUGACAGUCGUUUCUCGGUGUCUCCCGGCGGCGACCUCACCAUCGCGGCGGUGCAGCGGGCCGACGCCGGCUACUACAUCUGCCAGGCGCUCACCGUGGCCGGCAGCAUCCUGGCCAAGGCCCAGCUAGAGGUCACAGAUGUUCUGACGGACCGUCCUCCGCCCAUCAUCCGCCAGGGGCCGGCCAAUCAGACGCUGGGCGUGGACAGCGUGGCGCUGCUGAAGUGCCAGGCGUCGGGGGACCCCAUCCCCAACAUCAGCUGGCUGAAGGACGGGGUCAGUCUCCUGGGCAAGGACUCGCGCAUGUCCCUGCAGGAGCUGGGCAGCCUGCAAAUCAAAAGCAUCCGUCUCUCAGAUUCUGGCAUUUACACCUGUGUGGCUGCCAGCUCUAGCGGAGAGACAUCUUGGAGUGCUUUCCUUGAAGUAAAGGAGGGCGGAGGGGUGAUGGUGCUCAAGAACCAGGAUGAGAACGAGCUGCCCGGCCCGCCCUCCAAGCCCCAGGUCACCGACGUCACCAAGAACAGCGUGUCCCUCUCCUGGCAGCCCGGCCUGGCCGGGGGGGCGCCCGUCUCCUCCUACGUCAUCGAGGCCUUCAGCCAAUCGGUGAGCAACAGCUGGCAGACGGUGGCGGACCACGUGAAGACGACCCAGUUCACAGUGAAAAGCCUGCGGCCCAACACCAUCUACCUGUUCAUGGUGCGCGCCGUCAACAGCUACGGCCUGAGCGACCCAAGCCCCAUGUCGGAGCCUGUGCGCACGCAAGAUAUAAGCCCCCCAGCGCAGGGCGUGGACCAUCGCCAUGUCCAGAAGGAACUGGGCGAGGUCAUCGUGCGGCUUCACAACCCUGUGGUCCUCAGCCCCACCACCAUCCAAGUCACGUGGACGGUGGACCGCCAGUCGCAGUUUAUCCAGGGUUACCGGGUUCUGUACAGGCAGACGUCGGGGCUACCUUCGCCGGGGCCUUGGCUGAGUCAGGACGUGAAGAUCCCCUCCGAGCGGAGCGUGGUGCUGGCGCAGCUCAAGAAGGGCAUCGUCUACGAGAUCAAAGUCAGGCCCUACUUCAACGAGUUCCAGGGCAUGGACAGCGAAUCCAGGACGGCACGCACCACAGAGGAAGCUCCGAGUGCUCCCCCCCAGCAGGUGACAGUUCUGACGGUGGGGAACCAGAACAGCACCUCCAUCAGCAUCUCCUGGGACCCCCCUCCUCCCGACCAUCAGAAUGGUAUCAUCCAGGAGUACAAAAUCUGGUGUUUGGGAAAUGAGACGCGUUUCCACGUGAACAAGACGGUGGACGCGGCCAUCCGCUCGGUGGUGGUGGGGGGACUGCAGGGCGGGGUGAUGUACCGCGUGGAGGUGGCGGCCAGCACCAGUGCCGGGGUGGGCGUCCACAGCGAGCCCCAGUCCAUCGUCAUCGGUGACAGGCUACAACACGGUAAGGACUUCCGGGACGUGAUCGUGACGGGGGGCCGGAACAACAGCAUCACGGAGCAGAUCACGGACGUGGUCAAGCAGCCGGCCUUCAUCGCGGGCAUCGGAGGGGCCUGCUGGGUCAUCCUCAUGGGUUUCAGCAUCUGGCUGUACUGGAGGAGGAAGAAGAGAAAGGGUCUCAGCAACUACGCAGUUCAGUCCUUCACGUUCACCCCUGCAGUCACGUUCCAGAGAGUCGACGGCGGUCUGAUGAGCAACGGAAGCCGACCUGGUCUGCUGAACGCCAGUGACCCGGGCUACCCGUGGCUGGCUGACUCCUGGCCCGCCACCAGCCUGCCGGUGAACAGCGGCUCCGGAGGACCCAACGACCUGGGCAACUUCAGCCGCGGAGACCCCUCCGGUCAGGCGGACAAGACGGGCACCAUGAUGUCGGACGGCGCCAUCUACAGCAGCAUCGACUUCACCACCAAGGCCAGCUUCAGCAGCCCCGGGCAGGGCUCGCAGGCCACGCCCUACGCCACCACGCAGAUCCUGCACUCCAACAGCAUCCACGAGCUGGCCGUGGACCUGCCCGACGGCCAGUGGAAGACCUCGCUGCAGGCCAAGCAGGAGAUGGCCAGCCUGGGCUACUCGCUGCCCGACAAGAACUCCUGCAACAACACACUGCUUUUCAUUCCUGACUACCGAUUGGCUGACGGACUGUCUAAUAGAAUGCCCCACAACCAAUCACAAGAUUUCAGCACCACCAGCUCCCACAACAGCUCGGAGCGCAGCGGCAGCCUGUCAGGUGGCAAAGGAGGGAAGAAGAAGAAGACCAAAGGUGGUGCCAAGCCCUCCAAGGCCAACGGCUCCAACUGGGCCAAUGUGCCGCUGCCCCCACCGCCGGUCCACCCACUGCCCGGCACCGACAUGGACCACUACCCCGGAGACCAUCACGAAGGAGUAGGCUACGAGAGCGACGGCUGGGGGCCUCCGCUGCCGAUGCAGACCUACCUGCACCAGGGCAUGGAGGACGAGCUGGAGGAGGAGGAGGAGCGCGUGCCGACCCCGCCGGUGCGUGGCGUGGCCUCGUCGCCCGCCGCCGUCUCGUUCGGCCAGCAGUCCACGGCCACGCUGACGCCGUCGCCGCGCGAGGAGCUGCAGCCCAUCCUGCAGGCCCACCUGGACGAGAUCACGCGCGCCUACCAGCUGGACAUGGCCAAGCAGACGUGGCAAAUGCACGUGGGCCCGUAUCCCCCUCAGGCCCCCGCUCCCCCGGUCGGCUACGUGUCCAGCACGCUCGUGUCUGACCUGGAGACCGACAUCCCCGACGAAGACGAGGACGACGAGGAGGAAGAGGAGGAGGGCUACGAGAUGUCCCGUCCCCUCCGUGGCAUGGAGCACACCCCGGGGUCCAGCAUGGACAACCUGGACAGCUCCGUCACCGGGUCCAUGGUGAAUGGCUGGGGCUCGGCCUCCGAGGAGGACGACCGCAACUACUCCAGCCGCCGGUCGAGCGUGGGCAGCUCGUCCGACGGCUCCAUCUUCGCCCACUGCAGCUUCGCCCAGGCCCUGGUGGCGGCGGCCGACAAGGCCGGCUACCGGGUGGAGGGCACCAGCCUGACCAAGCCAGGUAAAGGCCUGAGCCAUCGGCCGCGCCCCAGCAGCCCCUUCUCCACGGACGGCAGCACCGUGGGCACACACAGCCUGGGCCACCAGAGGGCGCCGCGCCCGGCCCGCAAACACAGAGGAGGUCUGGGCACGGUGCCCCACCGCCGAGACGCCAGCGCCGACGACCUACCUCCACCUCCGGAGCCUCCUCCCUCCUGCCAGGGCGUGCGCAUGCAGGGGGCGCGCAGCGUGGGGAGCGUGGGCAGUCCGGCCGAGCGCAAGGCCGCCUCCCUGGAGCGCCAGCAGAUGGCGGGCGCCGGCGGGCUGGACGAGGUCAGGAGCUCGCUGGAGAGGCCCACGCGCACCUCGCUGGAGAGGCACCGCCAGGCCCAGGAGCGGCUGGGCUCCACGGAGCGCGCCCAGAAGAACGGACCUGUCUCAGAAGAAGCCAUGCCAUCCUACAACAAACCCUCCUUCCCCUCCCCCGGGGGCCACAGCUCCUCGGGCACCUCCUCCUCCAAGGGCUCCACGGGGCCCCGCAAGGGAGAGGGCCAGAGGGGCCAGCAGCAGCAGCAGCAGCAGCAGCGGGGGGCCACAGAGCACUCAGACGGGAACAACUUCCUGGGGACCAACGGCCAGCCACAGUACUCUGGGGAAUUAUAGUGACCUGAGGAUGCUGAAGCAGGAGUAUGCCAUGUCUGUCCUCACUUAACACCUUUCCUCUGUUCUGCGGGAAACUUGGACUUUCAUCCGUUACUAUGUCUCACCACAAGGAGAGGAGGGAGAAAGACGACGACGACGAUGGCAACGGUGGAGAAACAUUGUGGCAAAUCUGUAAAUGUCCAUGUAAAGACAGACCACACAACGUUGAUUUGACAUUUUUAUCCUUUCAAGAAGUUAUCUCCCACCUUCCACCUUAAAAAAAAACUGACUUUUUUGUGAGAAGACUUAAAAAAGAAAAAAAAAGUAAUGAAACAAAAGAAUGGAAGAGAUCCAUCCAGAUUGCUAAAGUACGGAGAGCAAAAGGGAUUUUUCCUGUAAAUAUGUUCUUAACAUUGUUUUUGCAUUGCUAUGCAAGCCAUUUUCUGUUCAACCUUCCUUGUUUUGUUUUUAAUUUCUCAUACUGUUGGUUUCAUCAGAUUAUCUGUACUAUAUGUGAAUGGAAAGGCUGUCGUGCCAUAAAGUAAUUAUUUUAUGAUCCUCCAUGUGUUAAUAAUUACCAUUGAUUAAUUGUUGUUAUUAUGAUUAUGAUUAUUAUUAUUAAUUAUUAUUAUUUUUUGCACUGCAAUUUUGGUGAUAAGCACAAAAAGCAUAGCUCCUGCUGACAUGAAGAAGCUGAUCGGGGAUCUGUGAAGUGGAGAUUUCUGUACUGUAAACUAAGAGAUAAGAAGAUAUAUAGCAUUGUACAGAGAGAUAUUAAGUAAGUAGUCACGGGGCCCAGGGGAGGGGGGCUGCACACAGUAAACAGGUGUUGGCCCUGCGUAUGUGUGUGCGUGUGUGUGUGUGUGUGUGUGUGUGUGUGUGUGUGUGUGUGUGUGUGUGUGUGUGUGUGUGUGUGUGUGUGUGUGUGUGUGUGUGUGUGUGUGUGUAUGUUGUGUGCAAGUGUCCGUGCAUUUGUGACCAUGGUGGAGAUUUCUCCCUCUGAUGGGGGAUUAGGCCGUGUUUGAUGGCGGGUGUAUGUAUGUAUGUCUGUGUACUGUGUGUGUGUGUGUUUGUGUGUGUGAGAGAGAGAGAGAGAGAGAGAGAGAGAGAGAGAGAGAGAGAGAGAGAGAGAGUGCGUGUGAGGGCGACGACAGGGCGAGGCUGGAGCUGAUUGAGCUCGAUGGGUCUCCAGAGGGUUUGACAUGUCUGACGAUGGAUUGUCCCGAUGUUUGUUUUCUCCACGGUUUACAAGUGGUUGAAAAAGAAUCCCCCCCCACAACCCGCUCCGCUAUUGCACAGUUGAUCCCCUCCCCAACGCAUUCUGAGUGCCCUCAAGAGACACAAUUGACCCCCCCACCACCACCCUCAACCCAAACCCUGCAGUUGGACAUGAAGUCCAUCACAGUUUAUCAAUAUUUGAGUUGAAACUAUUUCAAGGCUGAUAACCCCUAAUACUAGCCCUUUGUGAUGGCCAUGGCAUUGUUUUGCGUCUUUCGUUUCUUUUCUGCUUAAUCUCUGUUUGUGCUCACUACAAGGAAAAAAAACAAACGCUUCUCUCAGUUGCCCACAGCGACUUUGAAAUUGGUUAAACAUCAGAGUCCACUAAUUCUUGUGGACAUCUACUGAGGAGAUGUGGACGUGUUGCUCCAGGCUGGUGGUCUGUACACUCAAGAGCUUUUACAAGAGUUCCCUCCCCUAGCUCCUGCUAGCUCUUAUCUGUUUUUUUCUUCCUUUCAUGUGUAGUUUUAUGUUAAUUCAGACAAACAGAACGCCAGUUGACUCUGCCGCUGAGAGAGCUGAAUCACUCGCGGUCGAGCUUCAUGCAUCUGAACUUUCAGAUGCUACUGAGGCAUCCACAGCCUCAGUCCAGUAAAAAAUGACAAAGUGAAAAACAUUCACAUGUGUAAACAGCCCUGUACUAAAUAGACUGGCAAAUAGAAUUUGUUUUUGUUAUUUAUUGUUUUUAAAGCACUUAGAGUCGUCACACGCAGAACAGCACUGAGGCUCUCAAUUGCAUGAACCAGUGUAUUCAAGGAGACACAAGGAAAAAUCCACUGUGGCUAUUCAGUUGUCCAGGUUAAGCAAUACUCCAUAACGUGCUGGGCAUUGCAGGUCUGGGCAUGAGACAUAACUCUAUAUAAGAUUGGCGAUGCAUAUGUGUACCGAGUACUAAGGAACGAUCUGGUUGUAAAGUUUACCACUGCCUCUGUCUCACAAGCAAUGAGCGAACCACAAUACUCUCAGUCACCGAACACAGUUUACCAAGCAGUACAGAAUUCAGACACUAUUUUUGGUUAAGAUAUAUUUUGGGUUUUACAUUCUUUCUUACAUUCAUGUUGGUUUUUCAAACUCUCUUUUCUUGCACCUUUCAAUCGUAUUUGCUUGUUAUUCCUUUUCUAAAGUGAAACCAUGCAGAACUAAAUGUCAAGUGAAAAACCACGCUGCUUUUUUCAAAGGAUAUUUUUUACGGUUACAGUAACAUUCAGGAUUUACUGGUUUAAUGACUGUUUGUUUGCUCUUCUCUCCGGUUUUAUACUGUACAAUUAGUGUUGAUAACGAGGGUGUGGAGCUAACGGCUUUAUUGAGCAUUUCUGUCCUUUACUGUUCUUGAGUUCUUGAGCGCCAUGUUCAUGUCACAUCAUCUCGAUAUCGUGGCCAGUCUUCUGAAAAUGAGGUGCAAAGAGCAUCUCAUGACCUUUGUUUUUUUGUUUUGAUUUGUUUUUUUGUUUUGGUGGUGUUCGUGUGUGUCUAGGCCUACAUAUGUAUAUAUAAAUAUAUCCAUAUGCAUCCUCACAUUGAAGUUCAUUCCAAUCUGACUGAUGAAAAAUCCCCUUCCAAACUUUUAUUUUGUAUUGCUGUUAUUUUAAUUUCUCUGGUUCUUAUUGGCAGUGGGUUCUCCAUACGCCCUCUUUCACUGAGUAACGUGCCAGUUCAAAGCAUUUCCAUCUGGGAAAAGGUGAGAUAUCAGAAAGAGAACAUACCAAAUUAAUAUCAAUAUUUGAAAUGUCCAAUGCAUUUUAGUGACUUCUUUUUUAAAAAAAUACUAACUUUUUUUGUUUAUAAUAUGUUUCUUUUGAAAUCACAGUGUUGUUGUUUUGUAUUUAUUAAAAUAAAAAAAGGUAUAUUGUGAAUAAUGGAAAAAAGAUUUGUGGAAUAUAAGAUGUUUCCCCCUCUUUCCUUCAUGUGUCUUAUCUCUCCCUCAUGAAAAGCUUCUGCCAUAAAGAUUUCAUGGAGUCAUAACAUUCACGUAAUGUUGAAAUGCUGAGACAACAAAUUUCAGUGGACCCACUUUAUGUCUUGCAUGCUAACCAUGCUUCUUCCUCGACAUUUGCAACAAAUUAGAGAACAUCAUGGUGAACACAAAAAAAAUGUUCCAUCAGUUACCAAGACGAUGGGAUUUCUCUUCUUUUUUUUAAACUCCUACUCCCCCCUCUUUUUUUGAAAGUACAGUUAUCCGUUCUCUUUCCUUUUCUCAAUUCUCAAUAUUGUUGGAUCUUUGUAGCCUAUCUGUGUGUUGCCUUUUUUUGCUAAAAAAGGAAUU